AUGCCCUGGGAUUAUGAAGUGGUGGAAGCUUUCUUUUUGAACCAGAGAAACCAGUACUUGGAAGUGGAGCUGUCUCCGCAUGGUCAGCAUCUACUGCUGAUGUUGAACGGACAGCGGAAUAUGGUAAAGGAUAAACUUCCACUGAGAACAUUCAGUGCUGACAUUAGCGGCAACACCUGGACAGGACAGGCUGUCCUACCCAGGUCCUACUUUCCUCCAGGGGUCACCAAGUUCAAUGCAUACGCCAUCCACGGCCAAGGCAGCAACCGGGUCUAUGAAUCAUUGUAUCCCGCCAAAAACCUAGAUCAGCCGGAUUUCCACCGCCUAGAGUUUUUCCAAGACAUCAACAUGACUCAAGUGCUGGACCACUACGACCCACACCAGGUGUCCAACCUGUGGCUGCCCUAUGAGACAGUUGUGGGAUAA